ACUUGGGCUAGCCAUCAUCACACGUCAUAAAGUUCAGUUUUCUAUUCUUUCCUCCAUUGGAGACUCUGACUCUCUUUUCUUGCUCUCUUUACCUCUUGAAUAUAUGAAAUAGGCUUCCUCGCUUUCAAUGUAUUUUGGGUUUAUUUGAUUUAACAGAACAAUCACAUGAGAGACACACUUGUACUCAACUGCUUAUCUCACAUGAAGUUCUUCCUUUCAAGCUUUAUAUUGUAGAAGUGUCUAGUUGAAGUCUUAAUAGUGCCCUCUUGGGUUACUGAAUCACCGUCUACAUUUCUUGACCAAUUGAUUAUAUAUAAAGUGAAGGUCUUGGCUUUUUUUUUUAAUCUACGUAGGCUUCAUUGGGUUCUGUUCAACUUUUGUCUUUCCCAAUGAAUAUUUGACCUUUUUAGCUUCUCUGUUCCCUCUAUCUCUGUGUCUCUCUCUAUCAGUAUAUAAUAUUUCACAUUAGUUUGCCUAGGCAUCUCGGACUUCACAUCACUGAAGUGGUUGGUUGAGUAGGUAAUUUAGGUGGGAAGGUUGUUAUUUUUUAUGAGGGGAGGUUCUGUUUAAGUAGCUUCAGAUUUGUCUGAGCUAGUGAGUGAAAACUUGUAGUUGAAAAUGGGGAAGCUAAGCUUUGGUAAGGUGUUAGACUGUUUUUGUCUUACUUCUUGCUCAAGCUCUUGCUUCUGCAUGAACUCUGCGGAAACCCAAGAUGAGUUUGAGAGCAAGCCAUUGAUUGCAAGUGAUAAAAGCCAGUUACUGAGGUUGAAAGAUGUUGUUUCUGGAAACCAAACCUUGGCUUUUCAAUUGAAACCCAAGAUGGUGAUGCUAAGGGUGUCCAUGCACUGCAAUGGCUGCGCAAGAAAAGUUGAGAAACAUAUCUCAAAGAUGGAAGGAGUGACCUCGUACAAAGUAGACUUGGAAACCAAGAUGGUGGUUGUUAUAGGAGACAUUCUUCCUUUUGAAGUGCUGGAGAGUGUCUCGAAGGUCAAAAACGCAGAGCUUUGGAAUUCCCCAUCUUGAUGAACAUGAUCAAUUUCCACUCCCAAAUUAUUUAUCAUUCAUACAUACUGUAUAAUACAGAUGUCCCCAUUUGUGUUCUCUUUCUAUGGAGAGGGAAAACAAAAAUCUACCCCAUCUAAUAUUGAGGUCUCUCUAGCUGUGACCCUAUAUGAAAGCUCAAAUAUAUGGGCAGUGUUGCACAGUGUGUGCAACAAGUAUUAGCCCAAAUAUAUUAUCAGUUUUGAUUCAAGUACUGUGCCCUAGUAACCAUUAGCCUUUACAAUUUGGCUUU